GACAGCGAUGAUAACAUACCAGCGACGAGCGACUUCGUCAAGAAACUGUACAAGAUACUUGAGGAUCAGUCAUUCCCACACAUAGUAUCAUGCGGUCCAAACGGUGGUUGCUUUGUCGUAAAGGACAUGAACGAAUUCACGAAAUCAAUCCUCCCUCGCAUGUUUAAACACUCUAAUUUUGCCUCGUUUGUCAGGCAACUAAACAAAUACGACUUCCACAAGGUCAAAAAUGCCGAUGACACCCAAUGUGAAGCCCUGGAAAACAUGAAACGCAAGGCCCUUGCAGCGCGUGUAUCAGCACCAUCAGGGUUCGCUAUCGGACCCUCUGCGCUGGGUCAUUCUGGCUCAGCCAGACCCCAAGGUGGCGUAUUGAAAUCUCUCCAAACGCAAACCAACACCCUCGCGUCACAUACGACCAACGCAUCGCAUGCUCAAAACGCAACUCUUCAAUCCGUCACAACAGGAUUGCAGAACACCCUGUCGGGCUUUCAGAACGGAAUGUCAGGGUUACAACCGGAAGUCGCAGCGCUGCAAUCAGAGGAUCGAGUGAGAGAUUUGGAAAGGUGUUACAAGGACGUGCUUGGAGAAAUGGUUCGUUUCCAGAGGAAUAUUGCUCGGCAGGGUGGUUUGAUGCAGAGUUUAGUGGAAUAUUUUCUGCGUGCGGAAGGCGCGAAGCACGAAGAUUCCGUUUUCGCAACACCCAUCGCAUCCGGACCAGCACCACCUACAGCUGGCCUUGCAAAUAACUCUCAGCAAAUACAAAAACCCCAUACACCUGUAAUGCCUCCCCCGACAAGGGUAAGGUCUCUGGAACACAGUAUGACUCCCAACACGCAUCCACCUCUGUCGUUUGGCAUGUCGAUGAAAACGUCGACCACGGCGGCUGCGAUGUCAGCGAAGUUGCUGGCUUCGCAACAGCCGCAGCGAUGUCCGUUUUUGCAGUCCCUCACUGCGUCUCAUUCGCAGCACAUGCUUGGAUCCCAUGGACAUGGACAUGGACACGGACCACAUGGACCACCCGUGACGUCUGCCUCGUCAUCGACCCUUUUUUGGGCACUAUCAAGAAGUCAGGCUCAAGCACAAGCACAGGCGCAAUCCAGUCCCCGUCUCCAUCAGUUUCACGAGCACAAGGUCAGCGCAAGGACCUGCUGAGCCACCCGUACAAUCAAUUCAA